AUGCAGUUAUUAAUACGCUUUUGGGUAAUUCUUGCCUUUGUUAUUUAUAUUUUCGCAGGACCCAUUAGCAACCCAAAAAUAAUACUUUGGAUAAAUGAUCAAAAUUCAAAUCGGAACUUAGCUUUUUACAUUUAUUUAUCUAAACCAUUGGCUUUUUAUAAUAGACGUUUUACCUAUUUCAACUUCACUAGGUCAGCUAAUCGGUUUCGAAAAAUGCCAAAAAUAUCGUUAUAUAAUAAACUUAUUCCAAAAAAAACUUUGAGUUACAGACAUUUUUACAAGCUAAUAAAAUCAAAUAUUAGACCAAAUAGCAAAUCGAAAAUUAUUUUUUGGAAGCUAUUUUUGAAUACGCUUUUGAACUGGCGUAUUUCUCGCUUCCCCAUAAUUCCAGUUCGGAACUAUCGUUUUUUUAAGCAUAAAAUAAAAUAUUGGAAAAAUCGUUUCUUAAGUCAAUGCCAUUUCAAAAGUAACCAGCUUUACAGACAUAGAUUAAAAUCUUUACCUGAAGAUUGUCAAAUCAAAAGGAAUGAACAUUGGAAGAUAUAUUUAAAGCGGGCUACAAGAAAACCAACGAAAUCUCCACCUCAAUAUAUUAAAAUAUCAAUCAGUUCAAACAAGAAACAGUCGAAAUCUCUGCUUCAAUCAACUACCAUUUCCAAAUCUCAAGCUGAAGAAUCCAGUUUUAUUGAGUGUGAUUGUACCUGUCAGUUAGAAAUAAGUAAAGACUUCUGUAUCUGCCAACGCAAUUUAACUUCCAGCACUUCAGAAUUAACUGCAAGUAGAACAGCCAGUUCAUCUAACGGCAUGAACUUAAUUUAUUCUAUUUGCGAAUGCACCUGUAAAAUAGAACUGAAGGAAGACUCCUGCUCCUGCAACUGCAAAUCAAACCCAAUUUCUGUAACUAAAUACUUAAAAACUUCGGGAGCAGAAAAUUAUCAAACAACUAUUGAGGCUACAAGAAGUAUAACGAAAUCUCCACCUCAAUAUUUUAAAGUGUCAAUCAGCUCAGAAAAAAUUAAACGGUCGAAAUCUCUGCUUCAAUCAAAUACCAUUUCAAAGUUUCAGCUUGAAGAAUCCACCUUUCUUGGGAGUGAUUGUACCUGUGAAUUAGAAAUGGGUAAAGACUCUUGUAUCUGCCAAUGCAAUUUAACUCCCAGCACUUCAGAAGUACCUAGAAGUAGAACAGACAGUUCAUCUAACGGGUUACCUGAAACGCUAAAAAUAUCAAACCUUAGUUUGAACUUAACUUAUAAUAUUUGUGAUUGCACCUGUAAAAUUGAACUGAAAGAAGACUCUUGCACAUGCAACUGCAAAACAAACCCAAUUUCUAAACGGUUGAAAUCUCAGCUUCAAUCAACUACAAUUUCCAAAUUUCAGCUUAAAGAAUCCAGCUUUCUUGAGUGUGAUUGUACCUGUCAAUUAGAAAUGGGUAAAGACUCCUGUAUCUGCAAAUGCAAUUUAAAUCCCAGCACUUCAGAAGUAACUAGAAGUAGAACAGCCAGUUCAUCGAACGGAACUGAAUACGUUUGUAUUUCAAGUACUGAGAAAUUUCAAACAAGUAAAGAGACGACAAGGAAAAUAACGAAAUCUCCACCUCAAUCUAUUAAAAUAUCAAACAGUGCAGGAAAUAUGAAGCGGUCGAAAUUUCUGCUUCAAUCAACUUCCAUUUCCAAAUUUCAAUCGAGUUCAAUAAGAAGUAAUUCAUUUAAAAUUACUAGUUCAGAAACAAAUAAAAUACCUAAAGAAGAAAAAAGUAAGCUAACAAACCUUCAACCGCAGUCGAGUUCAAUAAGAAGUAAUUCAUUUAAAAUUACUAGUUCAGAAACAAAUAAAAUGACACUUAAGGAAACAACUAAACUAUCAGAGGCCCCACCUCAAUCAAUUACAAAAACAAGAAGUUCAUUUGCAAUUUCGAGUACAGAAUCUCAAAUAACGGGAGCGGAAUCCAGAAAACUUUUAAUGAAAAUUCCCAUUACUGAAAAAUUUCAGAUACCCAAAGAAGAAAAAAGUGAACUAACAAAACCUCAACCUCAGGCUAGUUCAGUAAGAAGUAAUUCAUUUAAAAUUACUAGCUCAGAAACAAUACCUAAAGAAGAAAAAAGUAAGCUAACAAAACUUCAACCUCAGUCUAGUUCAAUAAGAAGUAAUACAUUUAAAAUUACUAGCAGUACUGAAAAAUAUCAAAUUCAUCAAGAGGAAAAGAGUGAACUUUUAAAACCUUUACCACAGUCAAGGACAAUGCAAAAUAGUUCAAUUAAAAUUUUAAGUACAGACAAUUAUGAAAUGACUCAAGAUCAUACAAGAAAACUAUUGAAAUCUCCACCUCAAUCAAGUGAAAUACCAACCCGUUUAUUCAAAAGUCCUGUUACUGAAAAUUAUCAGAUACCUAAAGAAAAAAAAAGCAAGCUAACAAAACUUCAACCUCAGUCUAGUUCAAUAAGAAGUAAUUCAUUUAAAAUUACUAGUUCAGAAACAAAUAAAAUAACACUUAAGGAAACAACUGAACUAUCAGAGGCCCCACCUCAAUCAAUUACUGUACCAAGAAGUUCAUUUGCAAUUUCGAGUACAGAAUACCAAAUAACGGGAGAAGAAACUAGAAAACUGGCGAAAUCUUCAAGUGCAAUGUCAACUAGUUUACUGAAAAUUCAAAGUUCCGGAAUAUAUCAUCCUGUUACUGAAAAUUAUCAGAUACCUAAAGAAGAAAAAAGUAAGCUAACAAACCUUCAACCGCAGUCGAGUUCAAUAAGAAGUAAUUCAUUUAAAAUUACUAGUUCAGAAACAAAUAAAAUGACACUUAAGGAAACAACUAAACUAUCAGAGGCCCCACCUCAAUCAAUUACAAAAACAAGAAGUUCAUUUGCAAUUUCGAGUACAGAAUCUCAAAUAACGGGAGCGGAAUCCAGAAAACUUUUAAUGAAAAUUCCCAUUACUGAAAAAUUUCAGAUACCCAAAGAAGAAAAAAGUGAACUAACAAAACCUCAACCUCAGGCUAGUUCAGUAAGAAGUAAUUCAUUUAAAAUUACUAGCUCAGAAACAAAUAAAUCUAGUUCAAUAAGAAGUAAUUCAUUUAAAAUUACUAGUUCAGAAACAUCGAGUUCAAUAAGAAGUAAUUCAUUUAAAAUUACUAGUUCAGAAACAAAUAAAAUGACACUUAAGGAAACAACUAAACUAUCAGAGGCCCCACCUCAAUCAAUUACAAAAACAAGAAGUUCAUUUGCAAUUUCGAGUACAGAAUCUCAAAUAACGGGAGCGGAAUCCAGAAAACUUUUAAUGAAAAUUCCCAUUACUGAAAAAUUUCAGAUACCCAAAGAAGAAAAAAGUGAACUAACAAAACCUCAACCUCAGGCUAGUUCAGUAAGAAGUAAUUCAUUUAAAAUUACUAGCUCAGAAACAAUACCUAAAGAAGAAAAAAGUAAGCUAACAAAACUUCAACCUCAGUCUAGUUCAAUAAGAAGUAAUACAUUUAAAAUUACUAGCUCAGAAACAAAUAAAUCUAGUUCAGCAAGAAGUAUUUCAUUUAAAAUUACUAGUUCAGAAACAUCAAUUACAAUUUUAAGUACAGAAAAGUAUCAAACAACUCAAGAAGAAUCAACAAAACAACCGAAAUCUUCACCUCAAUCAAAAAAAAAAAGCAAGCUAACAAAACUUCAACCUCAGUCUAGUUCAGCAAGAAGUAUUUCAUUUAAAAUUACUAGUUCAGAAACAAAUAAAAUACCUAAAGAAGAAAAAAGUAAGCUAACAAAACUUCAACCUCAGUCUAGUUCAACAAGAAGUAAUACAUUUAAAAUUACUAGCUCAGAAACAAAUAAAAAGAGGGAACUAUCAAAACCUUCACCCAAGUCAAGUGCAAUGAAAAGUAGUUCAAUUACAAUUUUAAGUACAGAAAAGUAUCAAACAACUCAAGAAGAAUCAACAAAACAACCGAAAUCUUCACCUCAAUCAAUAAGAAGUAAUUUAUUUAAAAUUACUAGUUCAGAAACAAAUAAAAUAACACUUAAGGAAAGAACUGAACUAUCAGAGGCCCCACCUCAAUUAAUUACAGUAUCAAGAAGUUCAUUUGCAAUUUCGAGCACAGAAUCUCAAAUAACGGGAGCGGAAACCAGAAAACUGUUAAAAUCUUCACCUCACGCAAGUACAAUGUCAACUAGCUUAUUGAAAAUGCAGAGUUCGGAAAUAUAUCAGUUUACUCAAGAGGAAAAAAACAAACUAUCAAAACCUAUUCUUCAGUCUGUUACAAUGAAAAUUAGUUCUAGUUCAAUAAGAAGUAAUUCGUUUAAAAUUGCUAGCUCAGAAACAAAUAAAAUAACACAGGAGAAGAGGGAACUAUCAAAACCUUCACCUCAGUCAAAGACAAUGCAAAGUUGUUCAAUUGCAACUUUAAGUACAGAGAAAUAUCAAUCACCUCAAGAAGAAACAAGAAAACUUCCGAAAUCUCCAGAAAAAAGUGACCUAACAAAACCUCAACCUCAGGCUAGUUCAGUAAGAAGUAAUUCAUUUGAAAUAACUACUUCAGAAACAAAUAAAAUAACUACCCAAGAAGAAACAAGAAAACUAUCGAAAUAUCCACCUCUAUCAGAAAAAAGUGAACUAACAAAACCUCAACCUCAGGCUAGUUCAGUAAGAAGUAAUUCAUUUGAAAUUACUACUUCAGAAACAAAUAAAGAAAAAAGUGACCUAACAAAACCUCAACCUCAGGCUAGUUCAGUAAGAAGUAAUUCAUUUGAAAUAACUAGUUCAGAAACAAUACCUAAAGAAGAAAAAAGUAAGCUAACAAAACUUCAACCUCAGUCUAGUUCAAUAAGAAGUAAUUCGUUUAAAAUUGCUAGCUCAGAAACAAAUAAAUAUCAAUUCCAUAAAAAGGAGAAGAGGGAACUAUCAAAACCUUCACCCCAGUCAAGUACACUGAAAAAAGAAAAAAGUAAGCUAACAAAACUUCAACCUCAGUCUAGUUCAAUAAGAAGUAAUUCGUUUAAAAUUGCUAGCUCAGAAACAAAUAAA